CUUCUUUCUUCAGUCUCAUGUAGCCCGUGCAGCUCUUAUCUCUUUUGGAGAUGCAGCUCGAGACGCCUGCAUUUCCUUCUACCUGACAGGUCUGCACAACUGACAUGGAGCUAAAAAGAGGUGACAUGUGUUCACUUAACUGCACCAUUAAGGAUUUCAAGGAGUCUGUGUUUCCCAUCGCCUACCUGUCCGUCUUUAUUCUGGGUAUUGUAGGCCACUUGAUCUCCAUGUACGUCUUCUUCAGUGUGUGGAGGAAGAAGAGGAGUCUGACUACGGUCAACUUGUUCAUGGUUAAUCUGCUGGUGUCGGACCUUAUGCUGGUGUGCUCGUUGCCCUUCAGAGCGUCUUACUACCUGUCGGGUUCUCGUUGGAAAUUUGGCAGGGUGGCCUGCAAGCUCAUAUUCUACGUCUUCUACCUGAACAUGAACACAUCUAUCUACUUCUUGGUUUCCCUUAACUUCAUGCGGUAUUUGGCACUGGUGCAGCCAUACCGCUACAAAAGCUUGCAAAAAUGGUGUAAUGGCCAUCUGGUUUGUUUUUUAAUCUGGCUAUUUGUGGCGCUGAGUUCCAGUCCUUUGCUGAUUUUGAGCAAGGGCGUAAAUGCUAGCAUCAGUGUUGAUGAGCAAUGCAUGGAGCUACCAAACAACAACCAAACAAUCCAGAAUUUAAUCAGUAUCAAUAAUGCAACUCUGACUGUGGGCUUUCUGGUGCCUUUGGCGUUAAUCUUGUGGUGCUCCUUGUUUGUAGCCUAUAGAUUGUGGAAGCUUGGACCAUCUCAGCACACGGUCAGCACCUCGAGGAAAAAAGCCUUCGCUUUGGUCAUCAUCAGCCUUAGCUUCUUCAUCAUCUGCUUUUUGCCAUAUCAUGUCAUACGGAUAGUCUUUUUGAACACAGAGUUGGAUGUGAGCAAUGGCACGUAUGGCAACUCCCGUGAGUCCGUCUUGCUGUUGCGGAAAGCCUCAGUGGUGACACUUUGUUUGUGCGUAGCCCACAGCUGCCUGGAUCCCAUCCUGUUCUUUUUUGUUGGGGAAAAUUUCAGAACUUUCUUCGCAAAGCUGCUGAGGAGAAAGAAAAUGGAUAAGUACACCAGAAAAAGAGGCCAGCAGGGGGCGGAGUUGAGGAUCCUACAGAAAUGAGAGACUGUAAUGACUGGGAAGACCAUGAGUUCAAGUGACUCAUAAUUUUGUACUGGGGGAAAAAAACAGCGUUUCAGAGGCGCUUUUGUCUUUUUUGGCUCAAUGUCUGUGUUUAUUUUUACAGAAUUUCUGCAAGAUUUAAAUCAUCUAACUCUAAAGGUUAUUUUUUAGAAGUGUUACAUUGUCUAAACAUUGUUAUGUAUUCGAUGGGUUUAAUGUUCAGUGUCCUGCAAUGAUGUGAAAAGAUGUGACAUAACAUUCUUUAUAUUUUAUAAUGAUGCUUAGAAACAAUUCCUUUAUGGACUGAAACUAAUAUUACAUGAAAUGCUGUAUAUAUGCUUAACAUACUUGAAUGAAGCAACAAAUAUUCAUACUGGAAACCUGGAAAUCUUACCUUUUUCUUGAGAAAUGCUUAAAAAUGUAAAUAAAAAAGACAAUUUUUUUUUAUCAUGUCAACAUAAAUUCAGUAUAACAUAUCUUAAUCUAUUAAUUACUAACAACAGUUCUUACAUCCACAAGCAUUUAUCACACUCCUAAAUGCUAAAAUUGUCUGUGAAGCCCUGAAAAAGCUAAUCUAAUCCAAUCUGGCUGGAAAAUGAACGACAAUCAAAAAUCAUUUGAUGAACGACAUCUUUGUAGUCCUUGAAAACAAAAGAAAUACUGAUUCCAAACCCCUUGAAAGUCCUCAGAUUUAAUUUGGCAGCAUCUACAACAACCUUUGAUAAGCGAAGCCUUUAUAUAAAACGUUCAGCUAACCUUAAAUUGUUAGCUGGGAUAGACAAAAUGAGGCUUCAUGCAGGUCAGCUGCAUUUCUAUAAUCUCUAAUUCUAGUGACACAGAUGUCUUUGGGUGAACCUUAUGAAUGUGUGAAAUUUUGCUAAGCAUGUUGGUAUAUUUUAAAAUAUCCAAUAUGGGUGGAUCAAAUUCUUCAAAAAGCAAGUGUGAUUUCCUUCUACAUUUAGCCUAUACGUAGCUGACGCUCUUAUAAAAAGUGCAAACAGCUGAAGGCGCAGCAGUGCAAAGAAGCUGAAGAAUCUGUAUGGAUUCAUAACCAUAACCUAAAGACUAAAGCUGGCUUCACAUUAUACAAUUUUCAAUGCGAUUUUGAGUUGAGAUCGCCGGUCUUAAAUGCAAAAUGUGAUGUGCUCCACGACUGCCAAUUUAGUGCCAUUGCGACCAAAGACAGCUGACAAAGUGAGAAAUGUGAGAAAUUCUUUUAUCAAAAUCUCAGUGUGACCUCUGUUGCAACACUCAUCUAAAAGCGACCAAUAGGAAGACGGCACAGGAUUAUGUGAAAUUCAUGGGACUGCUACAAAUGCCAUCCAGUUGUAACGGUAAUAGUGAGGUAUAAAGAAAACAUGCUAAUGGACAAGAAAAAAAAUAUGCUUAUUACCUGAAACUCAUUUUGAAGAACGUUUCUGUUUAAUGAGAAUCCAUUUUCUGAACAAGCCGGAUUGCAAGCUGGACCACGCUGCUUGAUAACAUAAGCAGAAAGUAAUAAUUUUCUUUAAAUCACAGGUAUAUAAUUAGACUUACAUUGUAAUCUGAAAUGGAGAGCACAUUAUCACACAUUUGAAUUCGGCCAAGAAUUUUAUUGUGAUUUUCUCAUACAG